UAUAAUGAAUAUAAACACCAUCGAUGAUUUCAAUACUAAACAGUCAUUUCUCAGGCUGCUGUUGGAGAGAGUCAAUCCUGCCAGUUGGUCAAACCUUCUCUCUCGAAUUUUCUGCAGCUGCGUGAGGAAAUUAACAAUGGCGUCCGGUGCAAAAGUUCACUUGUUUGAGGAAGUUGUGAAGCAUAAUAAGACUAAGGAUUGUUGGCUCGUUAUCAGUGGAAAGGUUUAUGAUGUGACUCCAUUCAUGGAUGAUCAUCCUGGAGGUGAUGAAGUUCUACUAGCAGCUACAGGUAAAGACGCAACCAAUGACUUUGAGGAUAUUGGGCACAGCGAUGAAGCUCACAAGAUGAUGGACCAGUACUACAUCGGGGAGAUAGACCCGGCAACAGUUCCCUUGAAACGCACUUACCCCCCUCCGUCACACGUUGCUUACAAUGCGAACAAGACAUCCGAGUUUGGGAUCAAGAUCCUGCAGUUCCUCGUGCCUCUCUUGAUUUUGGGUCUGGCCUUUGCUGUCCGACAUUACACCAAAGAGAAGUUGUCUUAAGCGACACACCGUUGCUUCUUAGCUCCUCUUGCCCAAGGAGGAUGUGAACUUUAACAUACUCUCUGUAUUUCAGUUGAAUAUUUUUGAGUUUGAAUGUGUUUUUUAACAAUGAAUAAAUUCAAUCUAAUUGAAUAUAUUUUGCAA